CUCUCAAAUUCAGGGUUUAACAUCAAAGACAGUCUUUGAAUGAGGGUUGUAUGCCACUCUGCGCUCUCUGGCGUUCGCUUCUGUAACACUUCCAAGCUUAAACCUUAAAGUUGCAACCGAAGUGAUGCAGCAUCCGCCCACUGCAUCACGAAGUCUCUCAAUUUCAUUAGUACGUUGACAAUCAAGUUAGAAACUCAGAACCUUGUAUCACUCGAGCUCCCUCUCUCUCUGUCCAUUCGUUCACUAUUUCUUUCACAAGAAGAAGAAGAAGAAGAAAUUGCUCAGUUUACAUGUGGGUGUCAUCCGACAAGUAAGUUUCUUGUGCACAUUCCAUCAAUAUACAUGUGGGUAUCAGCCAUUGAAGUAGUUUCUUGCAGGCAGUAUAUCAAACACAUAUGUGGGUAUGGGUAUCAGCUGUUAAGUUAGUUUCUUGCAGACGAUUUAUCAAAGACAAACUUCUAAUCCGAUCCUGCUCGGUCUCAGGUCUUGCCUGUUUAAACCCGACUUGCUCAAACCUAGAGGAAGAAGCCUCCCAUACUCACAACAAAACCCACGUGAGUGAUGCUAUCAGGGAACUAGAUGCGGUUAAUGUAGUGGAAGUUUUGAAUAAUUUGAAGAAUGUGCCCAGUAAUGCAUUUUCAUUCUAUUGUCAGCUGGAAGAAAAUGGGUUUUGCCACAACAUAUCUACAUAUGCUGCAAUGGUUAGAAUAUUGUGUUAUGCAAGAUUGCAGAAAAGGUUGAAUUCUAUAUUGUUGAAAGUUAUCAGAAAGAAGAAUGAUUACCCAGGUUUUAAAAUUAUGGAUUUGUUUGAAGUUGUUGUACAAAAUGAAUCUCCCGACUUGGUCAGUAGAAUGUCUGAUGCAUUUAUGAAGGCUUAUGCCAGUGUUGCAAUGUUUGAUGAGGCUGUUGAGAUUCUGUUCCUCACUAAACAGUAUGGUUUUGCUCCAAGUAUCUUUUCCUGUAAUUUUCUUAUGAACCGGUUAGUUGAGUGCAGGAAGUUGGACAUGGCUGUGGCUAUUUAUCAGAACUUGAAGACGCUUGGUUUGAGCCCAAACGAUUAUAGUUAUGUCAUCGCGAUUAAAGCACUCUGCAAAAUGGGUGAUUUUGAAGAAGCACUUCAUGUGUUUCAGGAGAUUGAGGAAGCGGGGGUAACUCCGUGUGCUUUUGCUUAUUCAACUUAUAUUGAAGGGCUGUGUGCACAUAGGCAGUCAGAUAAAGCUUCUGAACUUGUUAAAGAAUGGGUGAUUUCAAAGGUUCCCAUAGUCGGCUAUGCUUUUACUGUUGUGAUUCGUGGGCUUUGCAAUGAGAUGAAACUGAAAGAAGCUGAGAGUGUCUUGCUUGACAUGCAAAAACAAGGGUUUACUCCAGAUAUGUAUGACUACAGUGCCCUCAUACGUGGAUAUUCCAAGGCAGGCUAUUUACUUGAAGCGUUGGCUCUUCACGAGGAGAUGAUAUCUAAAGGUAUCAAAACAAAUUGUGUGAUUGUGAGCCCAAUUCUUCAAGGCCUCUGUCAUAAGGGAAUGGUUUUUGAAGCUUUUGAGAAAUUCAAGGAAUUUGAAAAGUUUGGGAUUUUCCUUGAUGAGGCUUGCUACAAUGUUAUGCUGGAUGCUUUAUGCAAGACAGGGAAAGUGGAAUAUGCUGUUGAAUUUUUCAGCGAGAUGAAGGUUAAGCAGAUUGCUCCGGAUGUUAUAAACUACACAACGUUAAUUAGCGGAUGCUGUAUCCAAGGUAAACUUUUUGAUGCCUUAAAUUUAUUUAGAGAAAUGAAGGAUAACGGCCACAAGCCUGAUAUUGUAACUUAUAACGUUCUUGUGGGUGGGCUUUCCAGAAAAGGCCUUAUGGCAGAAACAUUCAACCUAUUGAAUUAUAUGGAGGCACUGGGUUUGAAACCUAGCACUACUACACACAGCAUGAUUAUUGAAGGUUUGUGUAUUGGAGGUAAGGUGGAGGAAGCUGAAGCUUUUUUCGAAAGAUUGGAAGAAAAGCACUUGGAGAAUUAUGCAGCCAUGGUUAAUGGCUACUGCGAAGCCAACCACACAAGCAAGGCCUUUGAACUUUUCAUUAUGCUCUCUAAGCUGGGAUAUAUUGGCAGCAAAGCUUCUUGUUACAAACUGCUGCGUAAUCUUUGUCUGGAAGGUGAGGAUGGCAAAGCUCUCUUGUUAUUGGAGACAAUGCUGUCUUUGAAUUUCAACCCUAACCAAAUUCUGUGCAGCUCAAUCAUGGGUGCCUUUUGUCGGGCUAGAUACAUUGAAAAAGCACAAUCAUUAUUUAAUAUGUUGGUUCACAGAGGAUUAACUCCUGAUGUGAUUACCUACACAAUGAUGAUAAACAGUUAUUGCAGGAUGAAUCGCCUGAGGGAAGCCAAUGAUCUUUUUAGUGAUAUGAAGAAGAGAGGGAUAAGGCCUGAUGUUAUAACUUACACAGUUUUGUUGGGCAGUUGUUUUGAACUAAACCCUGGUGGGUCUCAUUCUGUGCCUCAUGCUGAGAAAACUAAGGUAAAUAGAAUGAGGCUUUCUGCGUUGGAGACUGAGAUGAAGGAUAUGGAUGUACAACCCGAUGUUAUUUGUUAUACUAUUCUGAUUGAUAAGAAUUAUAAAACAAACAACACUCAGGAUGCUACAAACCUGUUUGAAGAGAUGAUUGACAGAGGGCUGGAACCUGAUACCGUGACAUUUACCGCUCUUAUUUCUGGCUAUCUUAGAAAUGGAGAUAGAGAAGGGGCUGUUCUAGCGGUCAAUGAAAUGGAAAUGAAAGGAAUACAGCCUGAUGAUUGUACUGUGUCUGUGCUACAGCAUGGUGGUAUUUUGAAGGCUAGGAAAGUUGAGUUUCAGCAUUAAGCAUUAUGGUGCUUCUCUUCUGGACUGGAAGACAGCUGAAAAUCUACAUGUAAUCAGAGAGGUUCAAGAUACAUUCACAAGGGGCUGAUCUCAAUGCCGUCCAUGUCUGCUUUAUUUGCUUCGGACUGAAACUACCUCCUGCAGCCAAAUUGCAUUUUAUGUGCCUGCAGUCUAAUCUAUAACCGCUGACUGUUGAACGCUUUGGGUUCUCUGGUGAUCUAUGAGUUCAGGAUUAAAUGAUGCGUAUGACGAUGGACUGCAGUUUUCCUGACCAUAUGGCAGAGCCAUUUAAUGGGAGAAUUCAAAGUUCACCAAAGAAGAUGUGCUUACAACUUCCGCAAAGAAAUUGCAAGGUCCGUAAUUAUCAGUGAGUUUAUUUAAGUGUAUGGCGCAAGAAAAGCUGAGUGGCAGGAUUAAAGCAGUUGAGGGACAUUAUCAUGAACAUUGAGCAAGUGUGCAGGAAUCCAUAUGACAUUUUAAUGAAGUCCUGGAGCACGUGUAUCAAAUCUAUCAAUGAAGGAGGCCAUUGGGUGGUCUAAUGAUGUGGGCACCCAAUUGUUUGGGCCAGAGAAACAUGGAAGGGUGUGAGGUGUAGUCCUGGCCGUGUUCCAUUGCAAACGAUGAAUUUGAUGCCUUGUGGGCUCAGAGGAAUCAGAAUCACUUCUGAAUUUGGAAGCACCAACUAAGACGUGGAGUUUGAAUAUCUUCAAGACCGGAUUACUGUGCUUGAGAGAGUGAUAUGAGGAAUAAGUUGUCUAGAAUCUGGAUUGCAGGCUCAAUUGUGCACCUUGUUGGUAGCAUAUCAAUCGUAAAUCAAUGGAGCACGAGGUUCUCUCCAUGGUCUUGAAUAUGCAUGUACAGCCUGCUGUGCUGAUCCUUCAUUUUGGCCACAGAUUGCAAGUCUUCAAGCCUGCAAGUUCAUGGUCUUCUUUUUGUCUAAAUCGAUGCCGGUUCUGUUCAACCAAAUUCUUUUGUGGGACCUCUACAUUUCAUUAAACUGAAUAACUCAUGAGCAGCUUCUUCUUCUUCUUCUUCUUCUUCUUUUGAUAGGCUUCAUGAAACUGAUAUAGUCCCUGCUUGAUUUAUCAUUUCUUUGAAUUUGAACUUUGAAGCCUUUGUGUUAACGGUCCAAAUGUGACCUUAUUUUUAUUCUUGAUUUAUCAUUACAUGUGGGCAGCAUUAUUAGUGGACGAGGACCUGGACCUGGAGUCGCUAUAGUGACCAUCACAGACGUGUCGUCUAUUUGUCAAAUUCAAAAAAUUGUGUGCGCUCCGUACUAAUAAUUAGACAAUACAUUUUGUAUUUUAUUUUA